UGCAAGGCGAGAUUGAAUGUGCGUGUCGCUGCCACGUUCAGCGGAACUUGGCGUUUACGCGUGAACGCCACCGGCAAACACAAUCACGACUUGAACAAGCAUCUUUGGGAGAGCUACGCGGAGAACCGGACGGUGAAGGACCCGCAGUUGACGGAGGAUGUGGCAGUGCUGCAUAAGGCUGGGGCGAACACGCACGGCAUCUUGCAAUACCUGCGUGAACGUACAGGUAAAGUCUUAUCACUUUCUGACGUCCACAACAUGGUGCAGCGAUACAAACUGACCGAGCAAGCUGGUCUUACUGAUGCGCAACGCGCAUUUGCAGUGAUGGAAGAGUUUUGUCUGCAGCACGGUGGCAACUCUGCUCAAAUUCUUGUAGAUAGCGACUCCAACGUUGCUCGCGUCGCCACGUUCCAGUCCGCAAGAAUGAAGCGCUUGUUCAAAGCGUUUCCGGAGGUGAUUCUCGUUGAUGCCACGCACGACACGAACGUGAACCGC